AUGGGCUCAAGGCAACCAGAGUUUGAGCAACAGUUUCAAACAGCCCUUUUGGAAUUUCGCGAACUUCGUCGGCAGCAGACACGAACUUCUGCCCGUGGCCAACAGUUCGUGUUGGUGAACAAUGUUACCGCACGACUUCGACAACGAUCUCCGAGCUGCCCUGCGAUCUACGAGGACGAUCUGGGCAGGCUUGGACAGACGGCAUAUCUUCGAGAGAAACUUAGCCCUCCUCGACUACGAGUUCGAGAAUUCGACAACUAUCUUGAGAUUUUCUACAAUCUCCUAGAUAUCAACGCGCCAUCGCUGAUCCACGAGUUCCGGAACAGCAACCUCGCCACCCUUCCCAUCGAACUUGAUGUCUUGAGAAAACAUAUCAAACCACCGCGUGGCUAUCCCGACUUCCACGACAAGUUCUAUGAGAGUCAAUUUGCGUGGUGUCCCAUCAGGUUUGAAAUGGAUAUGGGCACUUCACAUCGCCACAGCAUCCACAACAUCAUCAGUCCCUUCUCACGAAAAGAGAAGAUCAAGCCGUACCGCGACGGCAAAGGACCUCGAGUGAACACGGCCACGCUAUACGCCGUCGAGGUACCCGAAGAACUUGUUGGGCCCGGGCUUCAGAAGCAAAUGGCGUCAGCGAAGAUCGAGCGCCAGGAAAACGGCACCGACAGUUUUGGAACCGGUGAAAAGAGAUACCGCUUCGCCUUGAAACAGUUUAACUCGUCAAAAAAAGAGCACUUUAUCAACGAAAAGGAAAUGUUCAUCAACCUCGAAAACAAGGAAGGCAUGAUUAAGUACAUUGGCUGGUUCCAGAGCUUUGAGCCGGACGAUCGUGGAGGACUGGAAGAGUGCUGGAAUAUCGUAUUGGAGCUAGCCGACUUCGACUUUUACACGGCAAUUCGGAAGGAAUCACCCCCGAUCUCGGCAAAGGAGAUAUUGGGAUUCUGGCAGACCAUGGCAGAGAUUUCGGGAGCAUUGGCGUCUAUCCAUACGGUUGUCGUUGAUCGACAGCAGUAUUUGACAUGGCAUGGCGACAUCAAACCCGAGAACAUCCUUCGAGUCAAAAACCGAUUUAAAUUGGCAGAUCCAGGGGAGGCAAGCAUGUGGCUCAAGUCCGCCGGUAGUUCAAGGGAUCAGAAAACAAAGUCAACGGGUGGGACGAGGACUUACGCCGCCCCCGAGAAAGCCGCCUACUUGGACGGUUUGAGCCGCCAAAAGCCAGACGUUUCGCAAACGAGUGACGUGUGGUCUCUCGGGUGUGUGCUUUCGAUUGCCGCGACUUAUGUAGUGCUUGGGACACAAGGCGUCCUUAUCUUCAAUCGACUUCGAAGAGAAGCCAUUUUCAAGAACACGGAGCACUCAAGCGACGCGUUUCACGACGGGGACGCCGUGCUCUUAGAAGUUCAGCAUUGGCAUAGGUAUCUCCGCGAAGCUGCAAGGAGAAACGACGUUUACACGCAGGCCGUACUAGACAUGGUGGACGACUACAUGCUUGUUAAGAAAGACCGAUGGUCUGCGAAAAAGAUUUGUCAACAAUUUGACAAGCUCUUCGAUUCCGCCGAGCCCGAAGAGUCCCAAGUCCCCAAAGAUCUGCACACCCUGCUGCAGAGGAUUGACCUCCAGUCCGAACAGAUGUACGACCAACACUCAGGCAUCAGAAGAGUGGACUCAGACGAGGGGGCCAAGCAGCUACCGCAGGUUCCGAACCUACCGCCCGCCGACGUGGAGUUUGAAAGCCGUCGUAUUCUCUUGGAACAAGCCAUCCAGCCAGUGGCACAGCGGUCACAAGAUCGCAUGGUGCUGCCGGCUCAUUCACGAACCCGAACGUCGAGCACAACACAACCCCCCGACUCGCCUGUCAAGCCUCGCGAGGCCAUUACCGCCUGGCAAGUGAGGACCGAGCUUAUGAAGACCGGAAUGAAAUUUAGGCCAACCCUGAAGAGUUUCAGUUCUCUAUUCAAACUAAAGCCUGUGCCAGUCAAGGGCAAGAACAUGUCGGAGCAUCUGGACCAGCGCCUGGAAGUGGAGUUCAAGAACCGUGACAUCGUGUAUCUCAUCGACAACGGCACUACAAUGGCAUCUCACUGGUCGCAAGUGACUCACCUCUUGGAGGUUCUUGUCUGGCGAUCUUUGGGAUACGAUGACAAUGGGAUGGAGCUGUACUUUACGGACCCGGACACCGAUCCGAGGGCAACUGUCACAGAAUCUUGCUUACAGCAGGUCGAGGACUUCACAAAAGCCAUGAUUUUCGCACAGCCGGACAAGCCCAGGUCGCUGACACAGGCGGUCAACACCACAAUCGUGCCGGAGCUCGCGCGCAUCAUCAACCGCUACACGCGGGCCAAGGCGUCGAAAAAGCCGCCGCGCAAGAAGACCAUCAUCAUUCUGACGGACGGCAUCUGGAAAGGCAUGCAAAUGGAACACACCAUCGACGUCUACCUGCGGUCCAUCAUACACGAGCUGAGAGAUCUGCACGGUGACCUCUCGUACAUACAGCCGGGCAAGUCGCAGGAACAAGUGGACAUAUCAACGAUCCGCCCGGUCACGAUACAGUUCGUCCAGUUUGGCCAAGACAUGAACGCCGUCGAGAGGCUCCGGCGGCUGGACGAUGACAUGAGGCUCUAUGGGUGCCCGGAUCUGAUCGACACGGAGCACGCAGACGGCGAUGUCUACAAGAUGUUCCUGGGAAGCCUGUGCCAGGACAUUGACAAACAGAUGCGCUUCAUGGUCGGCCCCGCCCUCUCUGCCUCGCCCAGCAUCGAGCGAGACAGCUUCCGCCCUCAGGAUACUUUGCAGUCGCCCUCGCAAACCGAGCCUCGCUCGACGGCCGUCUCUCAGACGUUAACACGGGGGUCGGAUCAGCACGACCGGAUCUCGGGUGACCAAGACCGGCCCUUAACCCCUUCCGUGCAGCGUCAUGAGCUCCCUACGACCCCAGACUUACGAAGCGAGGAUUUCCCAACACCUCUUCACAGGUCGUCUACCAUCGGCUUGGCGAACGCGAUCUCGCCAAGCACCGUUGCAUCACCAGAUGGAAUAGGUUUCAUGCGGGAGUCGCCUUCGUAUCAUGACACGCAGAGGUCUCCUCCCACGUCGCCCGCAUCGUCAGCGCCGCCUGAAACACCAUCUCGAUCGUCUCGCCGACCAUAG